AUGUCGCCAUUACUUCAUAAACCAACGAAUAAUUCGUUUCGCAUCGCAGAAAUGGCUCUCUAUGGAAAUAAACAUUACAGACCGACCGUUUUUCGACAAGCGAAUGAUCCUGUUGGCGCCCGAUAUGUUAUCACAACUGAUGAGUAUCCGUGUCCCACCUAUCCGGACUUUCUAUUCGGCUUCGGCUAUCUAAUACCGGAAAAAGCACGAGAUGCUCUACUUUACACUUCCUACCAAGAUCCCAACGUUCCAUUUCGAAUCUCAGAUGUUUAUAUGACUGGAAUACUUCCAGACUAUCUAUCACUUCCUCAUUCGUUAUCAAGGUAA